AGAAGAUUGUUUGUUCGGCUUUGGGUGUCAGCCGCUUUGUAAAUUUUUUAUUGUGAUAAAUAUAGAAUUAAUCAGUGAUAUCGUCGUGUAUGUGAAUAGAACAUGAAAUAACAAACAUGCAAUGAGUUUACUAUUGUGGCUCCUCGUGUAUUUUAUGUGAAAGAAAGCUCCUUCCGCCAUGACUGUAGUUCACUUGGUGAGGAAGUGCCCCGUAACAUUUGCGCUUUAUUUCGGGUGUAUUGCACUUUGUUAUCCGGUUUUAGCUCAAGAUGUGGCAGAGAUUCUGGACUUAUCAUCAAAGGGUGAGCUUGGUGGAUCAUCUAAUAUCAGCUGCAGUGUUGCUCCGAGUGAGAUUCAGGUGGAAUGGCUUUAUAAUGGGGAACCUGUGAAAUUUGAUGAGAGAAUCAAAGAAAACACUGAAGAGAAACUCCUGCACAAAAAAGACUUAGACGGAAACCAGCAAAAAUAUAAACUCAGUAACGUGUUGAUAACAAACACUACAGCCAGCGAUGAUGGGAACUAUACGUGUGUAGCGAAAUCAGGGGAGAAGAGGUCAGAUAAAAUGGUCAUACUGGAUCUAAGUUUUCCUGGAAAAUUGGUGAGGAACACGGCCGGUCCUAUCAAGCAGAAUGCGUCCGAUCAGGUCAAUGUGACGUUGGAGUGUGUUUUUGAAGUAUAUAAACCCAGCGAAGUGAAAUGGUGGAAACAGGGGAAAGAUGAUGAAAUAACCGAUCUUACAACGAAACCGCCGAACAAAAUAAGUCUGAAACAAAUCCAAAGUAACUACGAUCUCCGUAUACACAGCCCCGAAGACAACGGGACCUACAUAUGUCAAAUAUUUGACAAUGUGACGUCACUAAAUAUUACCGGAAACGUCGACGUCAUAGUGUUCGCUCCACCCCAAGUCGUGAUAGACACGGUGAUACCGAUCAGCGCUUCACAACUUUUCGUUAACUGGACAGUUAGGUCCUACAACUCGCCAAUAAGGUUCUACAACCUAAUGUAUCGGAAAUUGCCUUCGACGGAUUUCAGUCUUUACACCAGAGAGAAAAUUGGAGUCAAGAACAUAUCGUUCGUCAUGGAAGGCUUGGAGAAGUCAACGAAAUACCAGUUGAAGUUGGAAGUGACCACUAUGCACGGUCAGAGCAAGCCGCAUAUAUAUGAAUCGACCGUUCGGACUUUGGACAAAGAUCCUAUUUUCGUACCGAAUAUUUCCAUUAAUGGAUUUUCGGCGACGUCGGUGACCAUCGGUUGGGCUCCUCCGCCGGAAGAUAUAGCUGAGCUGAUACAUUAUUACCUCCUGGAAGCGAGGAAGAUGGAUGAAGUGGCUCCACGAAGGGCGUAUCACUCGAGGGAUAGUCGUAACCUGCCGUAUAUGUUUGACAACCUGGAGCCACAUAGCACUUAUGUUUUCAGGGUUUGCGCGUGUUCAGACUUUACAAAGCGGUGUGGCAACUGGUCUGGUGAAAUGCAGGCAGCCACCCUGGACGGUAUACCUGGUCGACCUGCCAAUGUGACCGUCCAUUGCGCGAGUAGCUGGAUCAAUCUCACCUGGCAGCCUCCUUUGAAGCCCAAUGCUGAGAUUAAAGGAUAUACGAUGGAGUUGACAGGAAACGCCACGUACCGGGAUAGGUACGGCUCCGUCAAAGAAGCCAUGUGGGGCCCACUCACCAAGUUCAAAGCCAAUGACUCCAGGAGUGUUCGGUUCGAAGAUCUCCAACCGAACACAAACUAUACGGUGCGCUUGAGUGCGAUGACCCGAACCCGUAGACGAGGUGAAGAAGAGACAAGGUAUUGCUCCACUGCGCCGGCGCCGCCUGAUUCGCCACCCAGACCUAGGUGGAGGAAGAUAAUGGAGAACGAUAGAUAUAUGUUUACCAUGUAUCUCCCAAGGAUAUCGGAAAGGAAUGGACCCAUCUGUUGUUAUAGAGUGUACAUGGUGCGUCUUCUGCCGCACUCUGAUUGGUCAAACCUGCCUCCUGCCCGAGACAUCAGUGUACUCCAGUACGAGGAAGCUCAUGCCGUUCAGCCCACUUUGGGGGCUUACAUCACCGAUGUCUUCUCCAAUGACAGAUUCCCUCCAGACUCGGAAGUAAUUCUGGGCGACGGCAAAUCUAUUUUCGAUAAAGAAGAUCCGGGCAUCGUUCAACCGUCUUGCAAAAGAUGUCUCCGUAAACCGCGUCGGGUGUCAGACACCCCGGUGGUUCCUAAGACCACUACAACUGUCCCGACUACUAGAGAUGACCUAUUCGAGGAGGAGAUCGAUACUACUGCUGAGCCUGAUUUGGAAGAGGAGAAAAGAGAGAGAAGAUCGUACGUGGAAGUUGAAAGAGAUUACAUGAAGAAUCCAAUGAUGAUGGAUAAAUUGGUGGAUGAGGAGCAGGAUUGGGAAGAGGUGAUCGUGAAGGAUGGCAUCUUGGAUCCAGCCGCAAACUACACGUUAUUCGUCGAGCUCAUACCUGGCAACGACCAAGACGAGGCCAUCUACAGCGAAUACGUGAACGUGCUGAUGCCCGCUGCCACGCCCCGUCCGUCUACGCACAACGCCACCUUGGAAAUUGCUCUACUGGUGACGUGCGCAGUGGCCGGUCUGGUGAUUGUGGUGAUGGUGGGAGUGUGCGUGGUGCAGAGCCGAUCUGCGAGGAAACUGCCGCCCCAUCCGCAUCACGCCAAUCUCGAGAUGAAUCCCAUACAGGCGGCGUUACGAUACGUAGUCGGUCAUAUCGGACGACAGACGACCGGAAGUGCCACGCCUCCCGACCUACCUCCGAUACCGAGAGAUCAGCUUCCCGCCGCAUACGCCGAACGCCAGGCGGACUCCGACUAUGGCUUCCAAAAGGAAUUCGAGUUGUUGCAGAUGCUGCCCGAGUGUUUCCCGGACAGGACCAGCCACGCGUCCGAAGCCCGGGAGAACCAGCCGAAGAACAGAUACCCGGACAUCAAGGCUUACGAUCAGACCCGGGUGAAACUCGCCCAGAUCGACGGAAUAAGCGGCAGCGACUACAUCAACGCCAACUAUGUGAUGGGGUAUAAGGAGCGGAAGAAGUUCAUCUGCGCCCAAGGCCCAACGGAGACCACGGUGAACGACUUCUGGCGGAUGAUAUGGGAACACGGCUUGGAACUGAUCGUGAUGCUGACCAACCUGGAGGAGUACUCCAAGGUGAAGUGCAGCAAGUACUGGCCGGACGAGGUUCGUGGGAGUCGGGCUUUUGGAAAUAUCACGGUUCAUCAUGUUUCCGAGAAGCGAUAUUCAGACUACAUCGUACGAGAGCUGAGGAUAUCGAAGCAGGCUUUGAACUCUGAUGGCCAACCGGUCGUCGAGAAUAAUGGAAACGCUAAACGAAAUGGAGAUUGCGGCAUGGGCGAGCUGAGCGCCCCGACGUCCCCUCAGACGAAGGGCGAAAGCCGUCUCGUCCGUCAGUACCAUUUCCUGAUGUGGAAGGACUUCGCCGCGCCGGAGCACCCUCACUCUAUACUCAAAUUCAUCAAGCGCGUGAACGAGGCGUGGUCGGUGGCAGUGUCCCGAGAAGUAGUGGUCCACUGCUCGGCCGGUGUGGGCCGAACCGGGACGCUGGUGGCUCUCGACUGCCUCUUGGAGCAACUGCGCGACACCAACUGCGUGUCCGUCUUCAAUUGUGUGGCUGAGCUGCGGGCGCAGAGGAAUUUCCUUGUUCAAUCACUGAAACAAUACGUGUUCGUAUACCGUGCGUUGGUGGAGUACGCUCACUUCGGAGACACGGAGAUCCCGGCCUCGCGACUCAAGAGCGCCAUCGACAGACUCCGGAACACGCCCGAGGGUAGCGACAAGAGCCUCAUGGAAAUGGAGUUUGAGAAACUAAUUCGUCCGCCAGUGAUCGAGAGCGCCAAGUCGUGUGCGGCGGGCGGCGGGGAGGAGGUGAGGUCCCGGAACAGAUCCACCGAUUGUCUGCCCUACGACCGGAACAGGGUCAUCCUGGCUCCUCUGCCCGGACGGGAUUACUCCACGUACAUCAACGCGUCCUUUAUUGAGGGUUACGACAAUUCAGAGGGCUUCAUAAUCACUCAAGACCCACUUCCCAACACAAUUAUGGACUUCUGGCGAAUGGUCUCCGAGCACAAUGUCUCCACUAUCGUCAUGCUCAGCGAGUUGGGUGAAGGCAAAUGUCCGCGGUACUGGGACGACGGGACGGUGCAGUACGAGCACAUCUCGGUGGAGUACGAGGAGAGCGAGUCCUGCCCGUAUUACACCAGGAGACACUUCACCGUCACCAAUAACAAGAGCGGCGACUGGUGCGCCGUGCGGCAGCUGCAGUACCACGGCUGGCCCACGGCGGCGGGCCACGUGCCCGAAGUCACGCGGGGCCUGUGCGAGCUGGCCGAGCGCACGCAGCCCUCCGACCACGACACCACCACGCGGCCCGUCUUGGUGCACUGCCAAUACGGCACGGAGCGGUCGGCCCUGUUCGUGGCGCUGUGCAUCCUGACCUGGCAGCUCCGAGUCGAGAGACGCGUGGACGUGAGCGCCGUCGCCCGGAAGCUGCGCUCGCAACGGACCAACACCAUCGACACUGUGCUCCAAUAUGAAUUCCUCCACCGUGCCAUACUGAACUACGCGGAGCUCCACAAUCUACUCGACGACAGCUAAACAGAAAAUGAUGAAUUUGAGGCGAUUCGUGAGACACAAAUUUAGGUGUAAUCUUUUCUAUUGACCUUUUGUACUGAUUAACGAAAUUGAUAUAUUUUUUUAUACUUUUGUUACAAGCUUUUCUCACUGACGACGUUGUCCUGCGAUCUGUGUUGUCCUUAUUAGGUCUAGAUCUAGAUCUUCAGUGAGAAAGGAAAUCUUUGGUUCAUACCUUGUGCGUCGUUGGGGCGUCUGUCGAUUAGGCCUCCUAACGUGUACUUUUAGUACUGUGUUUACACAAAUUAUGGGUGCUAAGUUCGAUUGAGGAAUUUUGGACUUUUUCCUAUUAAAAUCGAAAUCACCUUCACCGACGAUUGGCAGAUAGAAUUGUAAGUUUGUCUCGAAGCGAGGAGAUCUGACGGUUUUGUUAUACUUUUUGUUUUUUAGUUUCCAGAUGUUAAGGUCUAGUAUUAAGUGGCGUCGCCGCCUACACGCUUGAUGUACCCGCUUUGCGAGCGUUUAUUUAUAUUGGUAUCAACGGCCUGAGUAAUAAAAUGGUUUGUUCACAAUGAUUCAUACUUUCAAAAUGUCAGGCGAGAAGUUAUUAUAUAAGUGUAUUUUUUGCGUUCGCCAAUUAAGUGAUCAAACUAUUCUAAAAUCCCAUUUUAUUGCCUCGAGUCUUAUACCAAUUGAAACUAUGUCCAAAGAAGAAAUUGUAUUUAUUUUUGGUAAUGGAGCGGCCGUACGAAGCAUUUUUUUGUUUCUUUUCGAGGGUUUAUGAAACCUGGCCAAAAUCUAAGCCCGACGCGUGCAUACUGACAGUCAGUGUUAAUAUCACAUUAAAAGGUAUAAUGCAUGUCAAAAAGAGUAACGAUAAAUAAUUAGGUCCAUUAGACGAAAUCAUAUCAUAAUCAGGUAUAAAAUUCAGUAUGAACAUACUCGAUUCCCAAUUCUAAGUUUUUAUGAUCUUUCUAGAAAUUAUUAAAACAUCAACUCUUUUAAGUACAACGAGCUAAUGAUAAUUAAACAUGAAACAGUUGGAUUGGAUGAAUUUUUUUUAAAUAAAUCUUUACUGUUGUUAUAUUUAUUAAAAUUGAUCCUUUAAAUAUAAUAAUAUAGCGAAAAUGAUGACUAUUGAAGUAUAAUUCGCUGAUGUAUUCGAUUGGAAAUUGGGGAAUAUCGCGUCAGUGUGCACGGCUUAUGAAUUUCGGUAUUUUUACCGUUUUAGUUGAAGGAGGGCCACGAGUGACUGUUUAUAUUUUUAAAUAGGCUAACUUAAUUAAGUUUUCGUAUGUUAUCUCGUGCAACUGUGAUGUUGUAGGAAAUUGUGACGUUCGGACAUCGGACGUCGUCGUGAAGAAAAGUUUUAUUGAAAUUUUAUUCACCUAGCAUACAACGUUUUGAAAAUAUUUAAAGAGUAAUAGAAAUAUAUAGUAGUACAAUACCAGCCAGUAGGUAAAAUAUAAUAGAUUCCUUUUGAUCUGAUUAAAAUUAUAUCGAUAUAUACAGUAUAGAGCGAGGCACAUAGAUAAGCCAAUAAAUUAGUAUUAUUUGUAAAGUUAUCUCACAUAAUAGAUUUUAAGUCUCGAUAACAUCACAGUUGCACACUUGUAUAGACAAAUAGGUAUUAAUACAAUCAAACGCAGGAGCUACUCGAUCAGCUGACCGAAGUAGCUGCUACGUUUGAGGCGACAAUUUUGGAAAGAUUUUUAUAAAACGCGGUAAAGACAAUGCACAAAAUUGAUUAGAAUGAAGUUUGAAUUGGCUGCUAAUGGUAAUUUAAAAGUGUUGCUAUAAUGUAUGGAUUUUUAUAAUUUAAUGUGUCCUAUUUAAGUUCAUAGUCAAAUUAUUAAUACGUUAAUAUACGUACGUGUUCGCGUAUACACGUAUACGUUGGCUUUAUAUUGCCGCAUGUUUUAUAAAUAUCUCAAUGAGUCCUUAAGGACGUGGCUGGCUUGUAUCUGCAGUCAGAGGCUCGGUUUCAAUACUCAUUUAACAUUGGCAGUACAUUCACGCAGAACGGUGGUAUUUGAAAAUUAUAAUGUAGACAUACUAGAAUUGUACGAUAAAAAUUAUUAAUUAACCAUUUUUGCUAUUUUUGUUCGAUGAAAGCACCAAUUCACUGUUCAGAAGGGCGGCAUCCAUAAUUAAUUAGUCAUGAUGAUCAUUGCUAUUAGCCAAACAAGCACAGUGUAGUAUUGCCAUAAAUAUUUGACGCUAUAAUAUGAUCUCUUAAAUUGUGUUCAA